GGACGAUCCAUGGAGGCCCGACCCCCUCCUCCCCCGCCUGGCACGAACUAUCUGCAGACCAUUCAGGCGGAAGUAGAUAACGUCCUGGUCGCCCACACGUUCACGGUCUUAUAUGUCCCGCUCUUCAUCGCGCUCCUCUGGUUCUCCACACCGCGCUCGCGGAGACAGGUGUCGUUCGUUCUGAACGUCAUAUCCAUAUUACUUGCAUUUUCCGUGGGCGUUGUAAUCGACAUCUAUGCGGUCACGUCUCUUACGAACCCCACCAAACCUCUCUCAGCAUCUUGGACGAUCGCCAUCGGCGUCCUGGGUAUUUUCCAAUCGAUCCUUGUCGACACCAUCCUCCUUGCGCGUCUUUUCGUGGUAUACCCAUGGAGGAUCACCUCAAACCCCCGCCGUUUGCUUAUCUUUGGGUUGCCGAUCGCUCUGAAGCUAGCUCGGAUAGCGAAUCUGAUAGUUUACAUCAAACUCCUCGCGGACGCCGCAAGUAGACACCAAUCGAUAGAGUUGCUGAUUACAGCGCCGUACCUGAAGGUCGAGUGGUUCUUACAGCUCGCAGAUAACCUUUUCGCAUCGGUCGCGUUCCUUGCCAAGCUCCGACCGCACAUUCGUGGAGGGUCCCUUGGUCGCAAAUUGAAGACUUUGUUCUAUAUCGCGGUCUCCAACUUCGUUAUUCCGGUCAUCUUCUCCUUGGUCCAAAUCAUCUUCCUCUACCGCUCCAAGGAUUACCAGGCGCUGAACAGCAUCAUCUGCGUGAACACUUCCGUCGCGGUCAUUGGCGUCGUGUUCGCCACGGUAUGGGCUGGAGUCGAGAGGCAUGGCGCAGACACUAGAGCGCACGACCACGGCGAUCUGGAUACCGAGGCGGACGCGUACAAGCAGAACAUCAUCAAGAUGAUGCACAUGCAAGAAAGUACCGUGCAUGAUCCCUCUGGCACGCAGACGACGACUACGACGUACGCUGUCAUGCGACCCGGACCGGAGUCCAUAGGGCGCUCCCCGAUACCGCCUGGUCGCGAAAAGCGAUACCAGCGGCCUGUUACGCCCGAGGUGCCGAUAUUCUUCAUUACGGAGAGCGGGGACAAGAUACCGUUCUGAAGCAUAGAUGACAGACAUAGCAUGCAUUACGAUUGCGGACAUGCUUCGCAGGUCUUGAUGAUUCUGCACACUAGGUUGGGCCGCUAUUUGCUUCGACCAGCGCUCCGCGUCCACGGAGCGUGCUGAUGAUAUUCUUGGAGGAUAAGACGUUGCUGUAUUCUAGUCGCCGUUUUGUAUCGUUUAAUUGUUGCUUUAUACGAAUUUCACAUUUAGCUCAAGACUUGCUCG